AGUUCACUUAAUGCAAUAAACACUCCACUGGGAUCCGACACACACCCUGAGGAGACACAUUUCAGCAUGGCCUUUUGUGCAAGACAUUAUUCUCAGUGUGUCUGGAUCCACUCGCGGUGUUGUAUGAAAGAUUAAACAUUCACAAAAUGCCUCGAGAUUUAGGAGUCGUUCUGGAGGAGUGGAAAUGUCUGGAAGAAGAGUAUCAACAACUUCUGGAGACGCACAGACUCUACUUACAGAAAUUGGAGGAAAUAUCCAAACUACAAAAAAACUGCUCUUCCACCAUUUUAAGUCAGCGCAGCAAACUGAAGGAUUUGUCCCAACUCGUGAAAAAAUGCAGCAAAGGAUCAUUAGAGGAAGAUGCCAAGACCUUGGAUGGAAUAAAUGAGAAAAUAAAGACGCGACCAAAUUCUUUCUUUGAGAUGGAAGCUUUCCUUCCCAAUAAAAACGGGUUGUACCUCAGUCUAGUUCUUGGAAAUGUGAAUGUGACUCUUCUCAGCAAGCAGUCAAAAUUUUCCUACAAAGAUGAAUACGAGAAGUUCAAGCUUUGCCUCACAGUUAUCCUGCUGCUGUUCUCCUUCAUGUGUUAUUUCUUCACAAACUACAGAUUCCUUGAUGCAAUCCUCAAUUUCCUACUUGUGUGGUACUAUUGUACAUUAACACUCAGGGAAAGUAUCCUCAUCACAAACGGCUCCAGAAUCAAAGGAUGGUGGGUUUUCCAUCACUACAUCUCAGCGUUUCUGUCCGGUGUAAUGUUGACAUGGCCAGAUGGUGACCUGUACAAGACAUUCAGGAACCAGUUCCUCGCCUACUCCUUGUAUCAGAAUUUUGUUCAGUGUCUGCAGUGCUAUUAUCAGAGCGGAUGUCUGUACAGGCUACGAGCGCUGGGAGAAAGACACAACAUGGAUCUGACCGUGGAGGGAUUUCAGUCGUGGAUGUGGAAAGGGCUGACUUUUCUGUUGCCCUUCCUGUUUUUCGGUCAUUUCUGGCAGCUCUUCAAUAGCAUUUCUCUCUUCAGAAUGUCUCGGCUCCCAGACUGUAAGGAAUGGCAGGUCUGGAUGUGUGGUCUCUGCUUCCUCAUUCUGUUCAUGGGAAACUUCUUCACCACUGUUGCUGUGGUCCGUCACAAGGUCAAGAGCAGGAUUCGCAAACCGAAGAGUCUGUAAUAGCACUUUUGUUGUCAUUUCAUUAAAUGCUAAUUAAAUGCUAUGCUAUUACGCAACCCACUUAUUAAAAGCCUUGGCAAAUCAUUAUAAAAAAAACAUGCACGACAGUAACAAUGGACAUGUGUUAUCUCUUGGUGUUGAACUUGUACAAUACUUAUUUCCUUUUUGUGUUACUUUGCACUUUUAACCCAUUAAAUUACAGGCUGAAAUAUAUCUUUCUUCACAACAUUUAUCUGGAAGCAAUAAAAAAUUAUUUUGCAUGUAUAAAACCUGUGAUGAUUCAAUAAAAUGGGUUUGUAUGUUUUCAACUGCCAGGGAAUUAAAUUCAUUAUAAUAAUAAUAAUACAAUAUAUUAAAACGCUGACAGGCAGUGGUUGAAGAAAUGUUUUGAAGAUUAUAUACUAUACUCAAAUUACUUUUACCACAGCUUUAACUAUGCCAGAUUAAAUAGACUUAGUGCAGGGAUCUUAGCGACAGUCUGUACUUUACCGUUAAAAAGUAAAACUCAUUUUGUUUAAUUCUCAGUGUCAGUGUUGUAUCGCCGCAUAUAAUUUCAUUUUUAAUAUUGAUGCAUUAUUAUUUACUCAAUUCUUUAAUGUUGUACUUGUACUGGGUCAUUU